GUGUACCAACCUCGAUUUCAAAUCUAACAAUGACUAGUGCCCUGAUUUCGAGCGUUGGAAGUAGUUACCUUUAACUUUGACUGCAUAAAGUUAAUAAGUGGUUUUCAGAUAGUAUUAACAGUGAUUUUUUAAGCAGCACUUAACUACUUAUUUAUCUUUGUAAUAUGGAAGUAAUUUUAAACAGCAUAUAAAAUUAUUUUGCUGUUCAGUGCCCAUGAAAUGAAUGGAAUGUGAAGAAUUUCAGUGCUAUUUUUGGUUUGUGUAUUUCAAAUAUUUAAAUUUCACACUACAAACUGUGAAGGUACAAAAGGAAAAGCCACCUGGAGUGUUAACGUAUUGCUUACAUUAUGUGAUAUAACUUUUGAAGCUAAAUAGAAAAUAAAAACUUGAGAACAAUGAUGUUGAAUGGGUAUAACCAUCAUUACCAUAAUAGUGUUUCAGGGUUUAGUCCACCAGGGAAAGAGAAAUACCAACCUAAUACGAACAUUAAAACACAUUGUCUCAGUGAUGAUUAUACUGUUGUUGAGGAUAUAGGAAGAGGAAAAUUUGCUGUAGUGAGAAAAUUAGUGCACAUAGAAACAAAACAAACAGUUGCUGCAAAGUACAUUAAGAAACGUCGACGUGGCAAAACAUGUCGGGAGGAAAUACUACGGGAAGUUGUGAUGUUAGAAAAUGCCAUAUCACAUCCAAGACUGGUACAAUUACUGGAGGUGUUUGAAACACCGACAGAACUUAUUUUAAUUACAGAAUACUGCUCUGGUGGAGAACUGUUUCAUGAAUGUGUUACAGAAGAAUCUUUUGAAGAAAGAGAUGUUGUUAAGAUUAUGAAACAGAUCCUAGAAGGACUUGACUAUCUUCAUCAAAGAAAUAUAGUACAUUUAGAUAUAAAGCCACAGAAUAUAUUACUGACGCAUCCCUUUCCUAAGGGUGAUAUAAAAUUGUGUGAUUUGGGAUUUGCUUGUCUCGUGAACACAGGAGAAGAUAUCAGGGAUAUUAUAGGAACAGUUGACUAUGUUGCACCUGAAGUUCUAGAUUAUGAACCUCUUGGUCUUCAUACAGAUAUGUGGAGUUUAGGUGUUUUAGCCUAUGUAAUGUUAACAGCCCAUUCACCGUUUGCUGACGACAACCAACAAAAGACUUUCCUUAAUAUAUCGCAAGUUAAUUUAGAAUUCCCAGAAAACCUCUUUUCUCAUCUCAGCUCUGCAUCUCAGGAUUUUAUAUGUAAACUGUUAAUUAAAAAUCCAAAAAAAAGAAUGAAUACCAUACAGUGUUUAGAGCAUCCUUGGAUAAGUGGAGUUAUCUCCCCUGAAACAUUGCUAGGUGAUAGUGAAAAUUGUAAAAACAGUGAAGAAAAUAUGAUUGAAAGUUGUGAUGAACAAGAGGAAAAGUCUGAUGUUAUUGCUGAAAAAGAAAUACCUGUUGAAAUUGUCCAAAACUGUUCCGAAUCCAGUGACAGUUUACCAAGUGAACAUAAAGAUUUAAAUCUAGUUUUAGAAGAACCAGAAAACAUUGAUAGUGAGGAUAGCAUCCCAAGUAAAAUAUUCAAGUGCAAUUCUAACUCAAAUAUUCUUGAUGAAUGUGAGAAGACAAAAGGUACUGAAAACAUGACAUGUUCUGAGAAUGAAUGUAUGAAGGACAGUUACAAGAUGGACGAUGUCAACAGUAAUUUAUCUACGCAAGCUGUAGUAUAAUUAUGGACAACUAUAGACCCUAAAACUAACCCAAAGACUUACCACAUAUCUGUGAAACAUAUCAUAUUUAAUGCAAUGUAUUCCUAAUUUUAAAAUUAUUUUAAGUGUUCUACUUCAAUGUAAUUUUCAAUGAAAGGAUAUUGCUUUAUUAUCUCACAAAAACUAGAUGCAGAUAAAUAUUUGCAUUUUGAACUAUAGUUACUAAUCAUGUUUUUGAAGAUUUGAAAUAUUGACAAGAUGCUAGGUUCUUGAAAAAAUAAACUAAAUGUUUCAGGUGUAACACAUAUAAAAUAAAUAACAAUUAUUUGACCAAUCUGCAAACAAAAUUCUGUCUCACAGUUACAAAGAUCAGAUACAAAAAUAUGAAAUUCCAUGUAAUUCCAAGACAAAAAUAGAUUUAUCUUUUUACUUUUGCAUUAAUUUAAUGAAUUUAUGAAGAUACUUAGUUAUCCAGGCAUCAUUUAUGUGGGUGAAUAUCCAAAACAAUAUUACUUCUAUUUAAGAGAAAAGAAUAGUAUAACAUUUUUUAAAAUAACAAAACUGUAAUUAUAUUAUUAGUAUUGUUCUAUGCACAUUAAUGCAAAUAAUAAAUAGAUACUCCUGCAAUAACUCAAUAGAUGGUACUACCAGUCAUAUGAUAUAUUUAAGCUUGCUUCCUUCAUAUUUUCAUACUAUUUGCAGUUGCUAUAAGCUUUUUAUAUAAUUUAAAACACAGUACAGGGAGUGCCAUAUAAUUUACAAACAGUUGUUGUAGUGUGAUGUACUAAAGAUAAAAGGGUUGAUAAUUCUCAAAUACAUUAUUUGUAUGAAAAAUAAUACUGUAAAUUAAAAAAAAAAUUAUGAAAGGGUUGUAGAAAAAACUUAAAAGUGCUAGGAAAAAUUCAAACAAAUUUGAUAAAUAGAUACCUACAUAUAUAUGUAUAGAGAAAACUGUAUGUCUUAUUUUGAUUCAUUCAAGGUCUUAAAACUUGCUAGCUAAUGUUAAGAGUUAUCUGAAUUUAACACUGGCCAUGGUUACCUUAAAUUAAAAAAUUAUAGUUUUUUUUCAUUUUUGAUCAAUGGUAAAGUUUAUGGUUUAAGACCAUACAUAAAUUGGUGUUCUCAGAGAAAUACAUAUUAAAGAAUGUUGGACUGAAUUAUUUAUUAUGCCUGUACAUGUAUUAUUUUAUGAAGUAAUAUACAUUUAUAACUGUAAAUGACCAAAAGAUAUGUAAUUGUUAAUCGACCAAGUCAGAAAUAUACCUUUAUACAAAAAAGUCAAAGAAAAAACGAUCACUUAAACGACAGAAGACUUUUUAUUGAUACAUCAGACCAGUACUUCAGCAUACAAAAAUUCAGAAUAUGACAGAACUAGACAAGAAUCAUACCAAAUUUUAAUAUAAACAGUUUCCUGUCAUGUUCAUUCGUGAAAAAGUAAGCCUUUACUAACAUUAAUAUGGAGUUGUUUGAGAAAAUAAUAUUUGGCAUUAAAAGUAUCAAAUUAUAAUGUCAAAAUCAUUAUCAAAUUUCUAGCUACCAAAUGAGAUAUAGCAAUUCAUGUUUUAAUUCACAUUGUCAUUCAUUUGUUCAUGACAUGCAAUUUCAAGAUGUUUAAAUGUGUUGUAUGAAAAUGAAAAGAAAAGGAAACAACUAUUGCUAAUGGGAAACCUUGUACAAAUUUAAAUAUAAAGAACAUUUUUGGAGUAGAAAAUAUAAAAUCAAGUUAAAAAUAAUCUGGAAAUUAUAAACAAAGAUCUUAUAGAAUUAUCAUAUAUAAUCAUAAAUUGUCAUUUUAUGAAUUAUUUUUUUUAUACAAUUAUACAUAAGAUGAAAAGCUCUGCUUAAAAGUCUUUUUGAAUCACACAUAGCUAUUUGCAGCAACAUUUCUUGAUGAGUAGAUUGCACAAUUUUUCAGGACCAAUGAUAACUUUAUUUGAAAUUAAACACAUAUGCUAUUGUUACUGUUAACGGACAGGCAAGUGUUUUCGUAUUAUAAUUAUGAUGAUAAUAUAUACAUUGAUUUAGUCUUUUCUCAAUAGAAUGACAAAAAAGAAGCCUUCAAGGAAAGCCUAUUUCUGGCCUAUGCAAUACAUAAGGUAGAAUAGACAAACCAAAGGUCCAGUUAUCUGUCCGUCUGUUAGUUCUUGUAAACACUAUCACAACUACAUUUUUUUAACAAUCUUUAUGAAAUUUAUGUCCAAGGUUUAUAUAGGCAAUGUUCUUAAAAUCAGUGCAGAUCAUGUAUGUAUGGGAGUAAAUGACUCCAGGGUUAUUUCAGUAAAAAAAAUAUAAUCUUGUAUUGAUGUUUAAAUAUUUUUUGACUAAAGAUUGAAAAAAUUAUACAUUUGAAUUAGUUAGUAUGGGCUGAUUUAACAUAAAAUGUCAAUGUUACAACCAAUAACUGUCAGUUAACAGUAACAAAAAAGUAGAAUCAACUACACAAUUUGUGGGAACAUAGUGAUUAAAAUUUAUUUGGUGCUGAAUAUACAUGAAGUUUUACAUGUAUAGUUUUGGUACACAUUUUUUGAUACAUCAGCAUUAUGCAUACAUUUAAUCAUUAUCAGUAUUUCAUGACCAAUAUUUUUAGAUAAUUUUUUGACCAAAAUGUUGUUUUUUUCUUUUCUAUACAUGUGUUAUUUUUUUUUGAUGUUGUGAAAUGAUUAUGGAAUUUAUCAUGUUAAUAUAUUUUUCUUACAACAUAAUUGCAGUUUUCAAAUACCCUCAUCUUAAUUCAUGAUUCCAAAAAUAAAGAUAAGAAUCAACUUUACUAAUUAUGGAAAUCUGCAAUUAAAAAAAAGUAUAUACUAACACGUGCAACAGUUGCAUGUUAAUUCUAAAAUAUGCUAUCAUUUCUUUUUUGUGUUGUUGUAGUAACUUUUUGGACCAUAUUCCCCCAAAAGAACAAUUCCAAUUUUAUAUUAGUAUAUGUAAUAGUAUAUAUUAUUACUUCAUGUCAUGUUUUAUUUUGUUUUCAAUUUCGAGAAUAAAAUAGUAUACUCAGACCAUUAGAUUUUGUUUAUAUGGGCUCAUUCCAGACUCUGGUAUAACAAGACAUUAGUUAAAGGUAACAACAGGUUUGAUUAUCAUUAUAUUAACAUUCAAGAAAUAUUUACAUGGGAUUUUACUUCUUAUACCCUUGAUAAUAUUUACAUUGAAUUCUUUUUAUAACCUCCCCUUAAACUAUUUUUCCUGUUUAUAUUUAUGGUUAAAAAUACCAGUCUCUUUGUUCAUGUAUUGUAUUGUUAGAACUAAUUAAAUGUGUUAAGCAUGUCUACAAAAUUAGUGUAAAUAGACAAAUUUGUUUUUUUGUAAUAGAAGUUUAGUUGUAAAAAAAAUUAUAGUUUGUAUAGACUAUAAACAUAUUAACAUCAAUUUUAUUAAAAGAAAUAAUUUAGAA